UUGCCCUUCUCGUCCUCGCUACCUCCAAUCAGCUAAAGAGGAACCAACAACCCUCGCACUGCUUCCUUCAGUUCUUGUCUCCUUCUCGACUUGGACCAUGUCCAACUUCGACCCCAACGCGAUCCUCCGUGGGGCGCAAUUGACAUUUGUCGGUGCUCACAGGGCCCUGCAAAACCCAGAGCUCUUCACCACCAGCCAUUACCGCCAGGCUGCCAUCGCCGUGUGCGCAGGCCUAGCAAUCCGCAUCAUAAUCAACAUCCCGAUCUAUGCUGUCAAGUUUCUGCUCCUGCUUGCCUCACUCGUCGUCAAUCUUGACCAGGAGACAUGGGACGACAAACUCGUUGGAGGUUUGGACUUUAUCUCGAAGUCCGUACUCCAAGUACCUUUCUUCCUGAUGAUGGUCAUGAGUUCAGUCACACCAACUCUUGAUAACCUCUUCAUGGAUUCACUACGAUGGGUCGACCAAACCUACGUACAGAAACAUAAGGCUGAAGAUCCGUCGACUUUACGCGCCAUGUACUACCCAACACUCAAAAUGUACUCCACGCACGGCGAGCGCGAGAAGAAGGAAAAGCGUAGCCUGUUCGACGGCAUUAUUCUCACAGGCGCGAAAUACGCCCGACGAGCAGGAAUCUCUCUCACUGUUUACGCGUUGACAUUUCUACCUGUCAUCGGCCCAUUCGUCCUUCCCCUAGCAUCUUUCUACACUUUCAACAGAGCUGUCGGCCCCGUUCCAGCAGGCAUCGUAUUUGCAUGCGGCCUUGUCCUACCAAAACAUUACAUGGUCUCCUUCCUGCAAACGUAUUUCUCCAGCAGAAGUCUAAUGUCUCGUCUGCUCGAGCCGUACUUUCACCGGAUCCACUUUACGAAGCAGCAGAAGAAGAUCUGGUUCAUCGAUCGCAGCGGGGUGCUGUUUGGCUUCAGCGCGGCAUUUGCUGUCAUGGUCAAGGUGCCGCUGUUCGGUGUGUUGAUUUACGGCAUCGCUGAGGCGAGCACGGCAUAUUUGAUCACUAAGAUCACCGAACCGCCACCACCCCCGGGAGAAAAGGAGGCAGAGUUUAUCGAAAGCGAGGUUCGUUGGAAGAACAAGCACCAGUUUCUCAACCUGCCCUUCGACAAGUUGGAUGAAUUCAAUGAGAGGAUGACUGGAGCUGAAAACAUUGGGAAGGCGGCGUUGCCGGAGGCCCCCAGGCGGAAGUUCACUUGACUAACAUGACUCUCAGCAUUUUGAGAUAGCACAGGUGUAUGUGUAUGGCGCCCGAGAGGGUGCGUUCAAUUUUAAGUUGAUGUCGAGCCAAUAUAAAGGGCAAGACGCGAGAAUGAGC